GGGUGGGCGCCCGCGCCUGUCCGGAGAGUCCACAGGCUGGGGGACCGGAGGCACCAAAGGCCAAUAGACAUGUAGGGGCGGGGGCUCCACCGAUUUUUUUUUUCCCGCCUGGUGGACGUGGUCUUGGCAUCCACGCCAAUGAGAGUGCGAGGGCGGGGCCUGAAUAGACGCAGGAAAUGGCGACGGCCGCGGGUCAUUGAGCAGCGGGGGCGGGGCCUGGUUGUGGCCCCUCCUUCGCCCGUCCACAAGCUCCCUGGGUGGGAACCGGGUCUCAGAGUACCUGGCUGGUUGGCCAGACCCCGAAGCCAGCGCUGGGAAGGGCUGCGGAUGCCCGGGUGAAAGAAAGGGGCAGGUCCAAGAAUACGCAGGUCUGGUCCUGGGCAAGAACCGCCCCCUCCCGGGGCCUGCUUCAGUCUUCCUUCGCAGAACACCGGGCCGGGCCCCUUCUCUCUGCCCCCGGGUGCUUGAAGUCUAGCCCCCAUCCUGGUACCAGUGCGCUCUUGGUAGCCUCCUUUCCCAGCUGUCCGCCCGCCGCCAUGCCGCCCUUACUACCCCUGCGCCUGUGCCGGCUGUGGCCCCGCAGCCCUCCCUCCCGCCUCCUCGGAGCGGCCGCCGGGCAGCGGAGGCUCCCAGGUUUGUCUCAGGUAACCCUCGCCUUCCCUGCUGAGGAUCAGAGAUAGAGAAGACCCCCAAGGUCAUACACCGAUUUAAGCAGCAGAGGAGGAGUUUGAGUCCAGGUCCAGCCCCAGUAAUUAUUAUGAACUGUUGGGGGUGCAUCCUGGUGCCAGCACUGAGGAAGUUAAACGAGCUUUCUUCUCCAAGUCCAAAGAGGUACCGGUACCCCUAAGGUGGGGAGGGGGAGCAGGAACUCUGAGCCAGUGGGGGUGUGCUUCAAAUUCCCAGGAGUAGACCUGCAUCUCUGGCUGGUGCCACAUUUUUUUCAGCCCUCACAGUGAGUGGCGGGUGCUCAAGGGUGGGGGGAAGGCUGUGGGCAGGAGCCAGGGGUCCUGUCUGAUGGGCUGGGCUUCGUUUUCUUGACCUGCCUGCCUGCUCUUAAGAAACCUGGACCAGGGCAUAUGGUGAAUGCAGGGGGCUGGCAGGUGGGGAGGGCUUGAACGCAGGAGGAGGCAGGAGUCCAUGCUCUCUGGCCUUCUGAGGAGUGGGCAGGCCUGAGUGAGGGUCACUGACCAGGCAGGGCUCCUGGGUAUGACUGGAGCCCUGGUGUGGGUGGAUGUCAUCAGCAUGGGUCCUGGGGAGGGACAGGCAAAGGGAGAUAAGGGGAGUCCUGCCCCACCCCAGCUGCACCCGGACCGGGACCCUGGGAACCCAAGCCUGCACAGCCGCUUUGUGGAGCUGAGUGAGGCAUACCGUGUGCUCAGCCGUGAGCAGAGCCGCCGAAGGUAUGAUGCUCAGCUCCGCUCAGGUGGUCCCCCAAAGUCUCCACAAACCACAGCCCAUGACAAGUCUGCCGGCCAAACACACAGCUCCUGGGCACACCCCAACGCACAGUACUGGUCCCAGUUUCAUAGCGUGAGGCCACAGGGGCCCCAGUCGAGGCAGCAGCAACACAAACAAAACAAGCAAGUGCUGAGGAAGGUGAAGCAGAUGCACCUUAACUUCAUGGAUGAAAAGGAUCGGAUCAUCACAGCCAUGUACAAUGAAGCGCGGGAGCGGGCGCGGGCCAGGGCCAACAGAGCCAGCCUUCAGCAGGAGCGACAACAGCAAAGGCAGCAGCAGCCGCCACCACCGGAGCCAACCCAAGUCCCCGAGAUCGUGCCCCCGGGCGCCGGCCCCUGAGGGGCUCACCUGGAUAGGGCCUGCAGUGCGUUCCCGCCUUGCUUCCUUCCCUGGACUGCCCGCUUCCCAAAACGCGUGCAAUAAAGUGAUUCGCAGAGCUA